AUGUUGCGUUUAGGCUCCGGUGUUUACAAUCUCCGUGAUUCCGAAGGGCCCGGCGUCCGACCUCAGCUCACCGGCGCCGAGAUCACGUGUUCCAUCUUCUUCCUGGACGACAGCGAGCAUAAGUUUUUUGUUUCGGUAAGUAUAUUCACCAUGAUGUAUUAGGUGAAGCCAUACAGCAUUUUAUGCACAAUGAUACAUCAUUUUUGACAUUAAUUUAUCAUUUUUAAUCCAUUCGGAGGAGAAAGUGACAUUUGGAAUAUUUUUUUUGGAAUUAUUUUUACAAACUUUUUCUUUUUUUUGUUACAGUAACCCAAUGUUUUGCAGAAAAAUGCGACGGGUCAGGAGUUAAUGCAAAAAGUGUUCGAAUUCUUGGAACUCACCGAGCACGACUUCUUUGGCCUUCAAUUCGUUUGCGUAACUGGCUCUAACACCGUUCGAUUAGUGAGUUUUUCGACCUACGUUACUUUUUGAAGGUCUUUUUUUGAAAUAUUUGCGAUAAUUAGGUUAUUUUUAAAGGGGAAAUUAGAUUUAAAAAUCAUUCAUGAUGCAUAUUGGACGUUUACAAUGUUUUUGACAGUUUUUGAGGCCUGAAACACAAUGCCAAAAUUUGGCGGGAAAUCUAAUUUUUGAAUUUUAAUUACAUUCAAAGGCCGAAAUUAUGACAAAAACUGCUGUCGUAAUUAAUUUGUCGUAUUUUAGAAAUGGUUGGACACCAAGAAAUCCAUCAAACGCCAAAUGAUGUGUAAGUUUUCCACCUUUAUAUUACACUUCAUGUGUAAUGUAAUUUUUUUUGACAAAUUUUAAUUCACAUGAGAAUUUUUGAUUUACCAACCACUUACAGGCCCUCCAUAUCACCUGUUCUUCCGUUUAAAAUUCUAUGUGAGCGACCCGGGCAAGCUUCUGGAAGAGUACACCAGGUAUUUGGUGUACUUACAGUUACGAAAAGACCUAUUGGACGGUCGGUUGCCCUGUACGGAAGACAUGGCAAUCAUUCUUGGCGGUCUUGCGGCUCAAUGUAAGUUUUGGCGGUUAAUUUUUUUUAUCAGACUUGUCAUGGAUAAUAUAAUUGAUAUCUGAAAUGAUUUUUUUAGCUGAACUCGGUGAUUUCAAUGAGGAAGAGCACGGAGAAGACUAUUUGAAUAACUUCCGACUCCUUCCAGCACAAACAAAGUUGUUGAACAAGAAGAUUUGCGAGUCCCAUCGGUCGAACAAAGGAUUAUAUCCGGCCGAAGCGGAAUUCGAGUUCCUCAAUAAAGCCAAAUGUCUAGAUUUUUAUGGCUUCGAUCUGUAUGAGGCUAGAGUAAGAUUUUAAGAUACUAUUUGCAGCUUUUAAGAUUUGUUUUUAAUCUUAAAACGAGAGUUUUUCUUAUUUAUAUAUAUAAUAUUUUAAUAUUUUUUCCAGGACGGGUACGAACGGCCAAUUACGAUCGGCGUUAAUAGCAAUGGUGUCUCAGUGUUUGACAAUGGAUCUCGAGUGCAUUCAUUUCCAUGGGCAACCAUCAUCAAAGUCAGCUUCAAACGGAAGAAUUUCUUGUUGCACAUCAUGAUGACCAAGGAUAAUGAGGUAAAUCUUUUUAUAGAUGACAUUUCUCAUGUCUGAUGGUCAUGAAACGUUUCAAAAAAUAAAUUUCGAGGCGUUUUACAGUGUCACAAAAAUUUUUAGACGAUUUCUUUACGAAAUAAUCAAGAUACGAUCAUUUUAAUUUGAAGGAGAUUAUUUUGACCAAAAUUUUUUUAUCUUCCGAAAUUUUUCGCCUAAAAACUCAAAAUAAAUUACAUUUUUCCCUAACUCGUGGCCUAUUUUUUAGGAGCAAUCGGAUACCGAGCUCUCGUUCAACGCAUUAACUUCUCAAAAUUGCAAGAUGCUGUGGAAAAGUUGCAUCGAACACCACACUUUUUUCCGUCUGGCCGUUCCUCCCUCCACUUCCGCCAAAUCCGUAUUCCAUCUGGGAUCCCGUUUCCGAUAUUCGGGACGAACUGAGCAUCAAACUCUUGAGGAAUCGAAGCGAGUAGCCAAGCCGGACCGUCAAUUUCAACGAGUUCCAUUGGCAUCUUGUCUGAGUGGCGAUCUCAAGGAAAACAAUGGUGAUUUGGUGGAUUCUGAAGCUCUUUAUCGGACCGAGAAGACGCCCUUGACUCACUCCACAACUUCUGGCAGCUCCAUUCCAAAUUCCCAGUCAUCUACGACCGACAUCACCACUGGACAGCCUCUGUAAGCGAAUCUUUUAUAUUACACUUGGCUUUUGAUAUGCUUUGGGCGAAAGGGUCGGCUGGGAUCGGGUUUAACUCAACCCUGAGUCGGAUCACAGUCCACCCUCACCUGGCUAAUUUGCUUUUGCUUCUUGCUUAAUGUGGUGAUGGUAUUCCCCUCGCUUUUCCAGUCGUCGCAGUCGUCGUAUGGUGGAGAGUGUUCGUCGACGGACCUCGUCUCUAAUCCGCGACAACAUCCGUCGUCGUCUCACCCAAAUGGGGGAGAUUUCAUCCUCGGCGUCGUCGAUUCUGCAGUCCUUUUUGGCCAUGUCGCAGAACUCGUUCAAGCCCGGCGAUGACAAAGUUCAUCAACGUCCGGAUGAGGAGAUUUUCAUCGACUUGGACAAGGAAAUUUGCAAAAAUGGACAAACCGACGGCCCUGCUGAAGAUUCUGCGGAUGGUCGAGGAUCGGUUGAAGCUAGUCCACCAGUCCCGCCGGAUCCCGAGGCUAAGGCCCCGCUACUGCAGCCAGUCCGAACCGGCGAUCUCAACUUGGAUAUCAAGGAUAACAUCGAAGAAGAAGCUCUUCCAAACGAACAUCAAAAUGGCCUCAUUGACGCGGAAGAGAGCCUCCGGGCCGCAUCUGCAGAUGCGAUCGACACGUGAGUUGUUGGGCCCAAGAUUCCAUGUGUUGCAAGUGGUUGAACAAGGGCGGCUUGUUUAUGUCCGACAAGGCCAUUAAUUUCUCUCCCCGUCUUUCUUGAGUUCGGAGGUCAUAGACCCCAAGGAUCUCAGUCGGAUUUCUCUUUUUCGGCAAACGCCGAUCUCCUGUUUCAAUUAGAUCCAUUAACAUAUCGCCCCGCGCGGGAUUUCGUUUCUUCCUUUGCAUUGCUAAAGGUGGUAUAAUAUAAACGGCUAUCCGAGAAUUCUCAGCCCUCUAAAUUACGGGAAAUCCCGGCGGAUCGAGGGCUAAGGCUGUGAUAUUCACUACUAAAAGUAUUUUCACUAGACUAUUGACUGUAAUAUUGUAUUACUGCGGUAUUAUUGUAGCCUAUAAUUAAUGAAGACCGAAGAGAAAUGGCUGAAACCGCUGUUGAGGCGGGUCCUCCAUAGAAGACCAACGCUGGUCAUCGCGGAUGAGACCAGGCUCUACCGAAUGUAAGGUUAUACUGGGGGGUUUUACCGGGGAUAAAGGCGAAAAUAUAAUAGCUGGGUGAUUAUAUUGUACUUGGUAUCUAAGGUUUGAAAGAACGGAUUUCUUAAGAUGUGGGGUUUAAUUUGUUUUGAAAAGUUAUUUUGACUACUUUACUACGAAAGUAAAAAGGGAAUAGACAUGAUUUUGACCUUUUUUUGACAAAUGUUUGUCAUGUGUAAUAUAAUUUCUAUUAAUUUCUUAGUAUAUAUAGGCAUAAACAGAGGAAAUUAGUAAUUUUAUGACACAAAAUUUAAUCACUAGAGGCUUAGGGUGCUUUUUCUCACGUAUUGCCGCAUUUUUUUUGUCAUGAGUAAUAUAAUUUUUUGUCAUUUUUUGGUAAAUUUAUUAUUCAUUAUGGGUUAUUUCUGUAUUUUAUGGACUAAAAUCUAAUUUGAUGAGGUUUGAAGUGCGCUUUACUUCUGCUGACAUUUAUUUUUUGUCAUGGAUAAUAUAAAAAUUUCAAAAUUUUCUCCUGAAAAAGGUGAAAAACCCAAAAAACUAUUACUGUAGACCUCUUAAUCUCCUCACCUUACAAGUUGACUCCCCGUUUGGAAGUCGAAUCGGAACUCCAGGAUCGUCGAUAUAAGUACUUUGCGAGCCCCACAAUUAACCUGCACAAGCACUCGGGAGUAGUAAAAAGAGGAGGUUUUUGAGGUUUUCGGAUCGGCCCCGAGUAAAGAUGACUCCUGGGAAAAGAACAACCUUUUUCUUCGUGAUGCCCGAGUGCCGGUGUGAGGGUUUGUUUCUUAACAAAACGGAUUUCCCCCCGCCUUUUCCGCUUAUCAGCCAUUAGUUUGCGGCCCCGAUUUUCGCUAAUUUCUCGGGCGCCGCUGACCAGUUGGACAUGCAAGAUUAAAGGUUGGACUGCCUGCGAUCGGAUUGGGGUGCUUUGUUAGGGCUGAUUGUUUUUUGAAAAUUGAUUUUUAAUGGGAAAAGUUUGGGUAAAAUACGAUCAACCUUUUUUUUCAUUUUUUAAAAAAUUCCAGGUGAAACAUGCCCGGAGGGAAAAAAGCAAUGGACUAAUUGUGAUCUUAGGGGUCUGAAAUGGCUAUUACUUUUUGAAAAAAAUGGGAAAAUGUAUUCGCCCAGAAAAAAAUUUAUUGAAAUACGAAUAUAUAGAAUAAAAAUUGAGAUUUUUCUGAAAAUAAAACGCCUCGAGGGUAUUUGAAGUUUUUUUAUUCCUUUUCUGGGCCAUUCUAAUAAAAUUUGAUUCAUGAUUAAAGUUUUUUCAAUACUUUUUUCAAAAUAAAAAAUGGAUUUUUUAAAAUUUCGAUCUUUCAAAUUUCGAAAACUUCAAUUAAAACUUGCCCGAUCCACCUUGUUUAUCGCCAACAUCAUUAUCUCCAAAUCGCAGGCUCUAAAAUUUGCGGAUUCCCAGAGAGAUUUCUUUUAUCUUCGGAGAUCUUGUUUUUGGCCCGGAUUGGAAUGAGAAAGUACUCUUUUGGCUCUUCAAUUUUCACUUUCCGCAAAUUAAUUUCGCUUUUCCCGCAAAAGGUCGAGCUUAUUCAUACUCUGGAGCCAUGGGGAAAUGAAUAAAACGACUGUUUCAAUCGUUGGGAAAUAAAAAAAUAUUAUUUUUUUGAUCUGAACAAUAACUGUAUAGUUUUUGUAUGAAAAAUUUUUAGUAAUUUUUCGAUACAUUUCUUUUAUUUCUUCCGCCAAAAUCUGGGACUUGUAAUUUUAUCCGUUUUCGAAUUUUUCAUGUUUUUUGACAAGUUAUUACUGGCGAAAACCUCAGUCCAACUGGUCAUAUGUUCAUGUCCAUCUCCGCGAAUCCCCGAAGGGAGAGCCGGAUCUCGGCGGGGAGGCGGGAUAUCAUUGUUACAUUCAUCUCUCUCAUGGACACGAGUUUCGGCAUGUUUCGUGUCCACAAGUUUCCUUGACCCUAUUUCGGGAGUCGUUUAGUUUGGAAAUAAUGAAAGUUAGAGGGUUUAGGGAUCGGAUUACUUUUUUUAGAAGUUUUAGAUGUCAUUUGUAAGGAAAAUGAUACUUUUUUGGUUAAAGAAACUAACGUAUUACGCGUUCGGCGUACAGUGGGGGACCUGAUCCAGUGGCAAAAAACGUACCAGUUUGCAUCCGGGAAGUAUCAAAAAUGUGGCCAAAUGCUUCCCUCUCCAAGUGAAAAAAACUCCGAUUUCAAAAGCCCGCUCUUUUUGUGAGGGAAUGGGCCCUUCAAAACGAAGUUUUUUAACUUGAUAGGGAAGCAUUUUGCCACAUUUUUGAUGCUUCUCGGAAGUAAAAUGGUGCGUUUUUUGCCACUGCAUCGGGUCCUUCACUGUAUUUAAAAAAUGGUUUUGAAAACCUUUCCGAUUUUUUUGUUGGAAAAAUAGAUUUCUUUAUCGAAUUUUGACUGUUAAAAUUUUAUGUCGUAUUUUACCUAAAAAAAUUUUAUUCCACAUAAGUUAUUGUAUUUUAAAUACCAAAUUUUCUGAAUAUUUAGCUCCCGAAACCCAAAAAACUUGGACCAUUUGUAACACUAAAACCUUUCACUUCUGACCCCUCGCUCAACCUUAAGCCCAUCAUAUACCAAAACGCUUACGCUGGGAACAUUCCCUCGGCUUUUUAACACCCUCCGUUUUCCCGAAUUUCCCGCCAACCCGUUUUUUUUUUUGACAUCGGAAAUGUUACCCUCCGGGCAGUGACCAAAAACGGAGACCAUUUGUCCUCGCCCUGCGUUUGUUGGCCCUGACUUUGUGGGCGUUAGAAAGUAAUGACAUUACUUUAGUCGAGAUUCACUUUUCUUUUGGCUAUUACUAUACUAGUUUUGUAUUCGUGUUCCAAAUCGUUUAUUGCUGACAUUUAAGCCAUCAGCCGCCACUGAUUUAUCGCCCUUGUUCGGAUGCCUGCUGAGAAAGAAGGGCGCGAACAGCUCCGAUCGCUGUAAUUCAACCCCAAAAACCCAACUGUUAUUACCAUUCGGCUAUUAAAAUUUUUUGCAAAAAUUUUACUAAACGUCUAGUCCUUUUGGCAAUCCACAGCUUCCAAGAUUAUUUUGGGCCCUUGUGCCGUAUUUGGAUCAGCAUUUCACCCAACUUUGAACCAGAUUUUGACGAUUUUCGGACAAAAUUUUGCAUUGGACCUGCCUCAUCUAGUGUAAUAUGCUAAAAUUCGCGGUCGGGCCAUGGGCUGAGUCUCUGUAUCGAACGGACUCUUUCCGUGAGCCCGAGAAGAGCGCCGUGGAGUUGAAAUACCGGAGGAAAACGAACAGCGAAGAUGCGAAUCGGCUCCGGCAAAGUCUUCGAUCCGCCAAAAAUUUGUCAUUCCUCAAGUCUUUCGCAAGACGGUAAGGACGAAAAAAUGUCUCAUAAAUAUUGUCUGUGUAGUAUCUAGUAGUCUCAGAGUUGUAAAAUACGGUCUUUGAAUUAUUCCAAAAAAUCCGUCAUGAUGACAUUUUUAAUUUGAGGUGAUUUUGCGGAGGUCUUGUUAAAAAUGGGAUCUAUAUGUAAUAUAAGUAUGGUAAAAAAUUGGAUAUAUGAAAUUUUUCGAAGGUCAUUAUGACGGAUUUUCAAUAAUUUUUUAAAAAAUCUCAAAAUUUUGAUUCAUGAAAAAACUGUCGAUCUUAUGAUGAAGAAUGGUUCUGUUGACCUCAAACCUCUGUUAUUCCUCGUAUUACGUCGUCAAGUUUAAUCACAAAAACAACAAAAUUGUUUACUCGCCUGAGGCUGCAUUGUUUGGCUAAUUGCUUAAAGCUGCUUGGAUCAGUCCGCAAAGAAAUCUCUUUUUUUAUUUUUUCUUAUUUCCCUUCUCGUUUUCAGUGAGGACUCGAUCCGGCCGCAGAAACGCUACAGUGUCAUCGUCUCAACACCGAAUCUGUCGAAUCGCCGCAGGGAGAAUGACCCGCUAACGACGAGUCUGCAGAGUCUCGGCCUCGACGAAUUCGACGUCACGGACGAUGAGAGCAAAAGUCAGGGAAGCAAGAGUUUUGUGCUGAAAAAAGAGCGGAAUCAGAAGACUCCGUCACCCGCCAAUUUCGAGAAUAAAGUGGACGGCAAGAGGAGAUCAAAGGUGUAUUCGAACUCGGAUGACGAGGGAAUGAUCUGGCAUCAGGCAGUCCAGUGGACCGAUAAGGAGGUGGGUUUCGAAAUAAAAAGUUUUUUUGGGGAAAAUUUUUAUUAGGCUUGGGCAUUUUUUUCAUUUUGAAAAAAAAUCCUAAACAAGGGAAGUGCCCCACGUGCGACGCUCAGAUUUUCUUUAAAUUUUGCACACGCUUUGGGCAUAGACUGAGUAUAAAUUCCUCAAAGUUCUAGCUCGCGCUUUGCGGGCGCCGCCGAGAUAUUCAACGGUCUUUGCGGCCGAGAGAGUACGCUAAACGCGGAGAGCGGUCAGAGAGAAAAACACUUUUUAGCCAUAUCUUUGCUAGUUUCGUGCGGAAAAAGUUCAUUUUUUGUGGAACCAUUAACCUUUACGGUAGAAACAGGGAUGCAAACUUUCGUGCCGAAAUUAGAAAAAAAGUCUCAAAUUUUUAUCGCCUUUUGACCAAAAAAUCUCGGUGGUUUCUGCAAAGCGCGAGCUGGGAUUCUCGCAUAUAUCUUAGAAAAAAUUCUUCUAAAUUUGUGUCAUGUUUCAUCAAAAUCUGAGCGUCGCACUUGGGGUACUUCCCCUGUAAAGUACCAAAAAUUUAAAUAGCUCGGGUUUUAAUGAAAAUUAGAUAAAAUUAAUAUUUGAAUUUGCCAAGACAUUUUUACAAUUUUUAAUUUCAAAAAAUCUCAAAAUUUCAUUAUUUUUUAUUUCGUAAAAAAUCGUGAUAUUUCUUACUACUGUAAUUAUAACCCAAAGAUCACAUGGUUUGAAAUCCUUUUUCUUCUCCAUUUUUGAGAACGCUGAUUUCGUCAAAUCUCUUAAAUUUCCUAAACCCUUUACUCAUUUCGAAGCUUAUUCAGCCCACAAAAAUGCAAUUACUUUGCAUCGUCGUGACGGUCGAAAUGAGUCUUCCACAAAGAUGUGACUCAUAAUCCGAAUUUGAAAUUUAGUUAGCGAAAUUGGAUUUGUCAUAACUUUUAGUUAAAUUUUUACCGAAUUUAUCAAAAAUUCUCUCAAAUUCAACAAAAACAAUAUGAAACUUGACCCAAACAUCAAGUGUAAUAUCGCCCAGUUGAGUCAUUCUGACUCAUUGGGCAUUUAGAUCAUGAUCUGCGAGGGUUUAACUCCCAAAUGAAUCAUUUUGUUUCACUUUGCAACCCAAAACAGUAGCCGACGCAUGAUUUACACUUUUUCCCGCCUCUCCCGACCCAUUUUAUCAACGAAAAGAGAGGGUGGGGGUCGAUGAAUCACACGCGGCGAACGUGUCGAAUGUUUUAUCAGGCUGGCAGGGCAUCGGUUUUCCACUCCGACUCCAUCUUUCUCCCAUUUUCUUCUCCUUUCUCCUGUCUUUUUUUUGUGUUCAAGUUCGUCGAAUGGGCUUGGGGCAGCCUCCCCAAAGUGUAGCUAGAUCUGACAUCACUCCCCGAGAGAUGCCCCUUGAUUCCGUUUACUUACGCAAUUGGUUAUUUGGGGCGAGUUUGGCGAACUUCCAGGGUUCUGGGGUUGUGAAAUGGGUCCAGUAUAAUAUAAAGCCCAUCUUCGCGAGGGUUCUUUAGUUUUUUUUUGCGAAAUGACUACACAAAUAUUGUCUAUAUACCCCGUGGAAUUUACUGUAAGUGAAUUAUGUAAUAUUAAUUAGGAACCAGUGGUUGAUCAGUUGUUUUGUUUUGGUCAUUUCAUCAAAAAUAAAGGGUUUUAAAAUCAUUAAUUACUUAGGAAACACAUGUUUUUUGAAAGGGGAAUAUAUAUAUUCGAGUAGAGCGAGCUGUGUUCCCCAUCCUUGACCAGGGACCCCCCUCGGUAUCGGUAAUUUACCACGGGUUUUCGCCAAAUAAUUGUUGCGUUCCAAGUUGACCCAAAUUCUUUUCUUCCGCCAUCUCCACCUCGAAACAAGUCGCUGUAAUUGGGUCUACAAUUACACGAAACGGUCUCUUAUUGCUCCACCAACGCUCUCCGUCUUCUACCAUCCUGCGGGCGCUUCGUAUCUUUGCGUUUUUGAAGAUGUUUCGGACAACAUUCAAUCGCCAUUCUCAAGUUGUUCACCUCCUCUUGUUUUCGUCCGACUGAAGGUGUGUGUGGGUCUCUUCGUUCGGGGCGCUCUAUGCACAUCUCCGCUCCUCCCGCACACCUUGGGUUCCCCUUCUUCUUGUUUUAUUCCGAACAGUGUACAUAAUAUUACCAGCAACACCUUGUGCUCGGACCAGUCGGCCAAGCGAGGGAAAUUGAAAAAAAUAUAGGGAAGGGGAGGUGCAGUGGUUUUUUUAAAUAGUAGUUAAGGAAUCCAGGGCCACAUUACAAAGGUGUUUUCAAUAUUUUUUUAUUUUUUCCAGUUCUGAGCCCGGAAUUUGACUCAUUUAUAUUGUAAUAGGCUUACGUGGGAGGACUUGCGUAACUACUGGUUAAGCCGAUUUUAGACUAUAAAAACUGUUUCGGACAUUGUAUGUAGGCUCUAAAUACAAUUCUACAAGUUGUUGCAAGUUUUUGCAGUUAUACUAGGAAUCACUUUUAACUUGUAAAAAUUUUUACUUUUUUCAUCUCUUGGCCUGAAAUGAUGUCUAAAAUAUCUUAUAAGCGUCUGAAAAUUCUUUUAUUUUUUAAUAAAUUCCCGUCAAUUCCCCCCUCAAAUUCCUCAAUAUUAUUCAUGAUAACGAGAAAGGCCGCUGAUAAAAAAGUCCGACGGCGCCUUUCACAUGACAUUUGGUUUCGUUUUGCAUUUGGGAUUCAGCGAAAAAUCGGCAAAAAAAUUCGGUUUGGAUUCAGCUGUAACCGUUCCGAGAAGCCUUCGCCGUCCUCCAACCUUCGGUUUAAUUUUUUAAUUCAAUCCGCAGAACUCUGACUUGUUAGCUCAGGCGGCGGGAAGCGGGUGUGUGUUCACUUGACAUUACACACAUCUGUUUUGUUUGGUAUGAAUUUGGGCUGGGAUUUCCGAAUUAAGUUCACUUUUAUAUCCGGUUUUAUGAGUCAUUGGGAUGGGAUUAGAAGGAAGUAAGUGAGACUUUUGAUCGGCGAUAUCGCUGUAUAGGGGAAUUCAGCGGGGAAGAUUGUUUGAUAGGUUAAAGAAGAAGGGGUGGGCUUUCAUUUAAGGGGAUCUGCGUAAUUUCAGAUUGCUUAUUUUUUUUGUAACAUACGAAUUUUUUGACAUUACUCAAAUUUCUUGAAAAAUUUUAGACCUUACAUUGGAUUGCUGAUAUCUUUGAAAAUAUUGAACCCUGAUUCUCAGUUUGGUAUUUCAGAUGUUGUAAAUCAUCUAAUUUAUUAUUGUAAAUACAGUACUUCGAUUCUGACACUAUCCCUUUUUCCUAAAAUACGACCUUUUUCAACGUGUCCCAAAGUUAGGCACCUUCAUUUUGGUGGUCGAUAUUGUAGAAAAAACGGGGUACACGAUACUUAACUUUAUUUUUCUAUAUAGUAAACGUCUUGAACUUUCAUUCGAAGCCCAUUACUUUGAAUCCAUUUCCGUUAUUCCUCCUAAAAUGCGAGUUUUCCAAAUUUUCCCCAGAUUUUCGCGGAUUUUCCAAUUUUCCGAAAUUUCUAAUUCAAACCCUAGUCAUGGUACUACUGGAAACUAUACCUCGUUCUUCUUCCUCCGACUUCACAAAGGUCCCAUUUCGGCGUCGACCCACCGAUUACUCGGCCAAAACUUCGCCUCGCCUCAGUUUGCCCGAGAAUAACGAAACGUUUGGUCCGGCGUGGCCAAGACGGAAAAGUGUCUGCAAUACGCAAAGUAAUCCGAUUGUAAUCGAGUCCACACAGAAUGGGAAGCCAUUCUAUACAAACAUUUACAGUGUACGGAGGUUGGAUUUGCAACUUUUAGGGGGAAAUCUUAAAAAUUUGGAGAUUUUGGCGUAAAAAUGAUGAUUUUUAAAGAGUUUCGGGGGAAAUGUUGAAUUUUUUUUGGCAAAAAGAACGGAUACAUUGUCAGUAGCGUAUUUUACAUAAUUUUUUCCAGGCUAGCACCUCCACCAACCCUCCGGAUCACCUCCAUCAACGGCCUCGGAUCCGAAACAACUCCACUCAUCAAAACGGAACGCCAAAACAACAUGUCGACCACCUCAAAAACAACAACCCGAUGCAGCACUCGUUCGUCAACAACAACCUGUUCCUGAAUCGACCGCCCCUUCCGGUGGGGCGCGAGAAUGGGUCGUUGCGGCGGACCAUCCAGAUGAACGAGACCGAAUUCCCCAUCGUACACCCUACCUCAUAUGGCUUCGAGCAACGCCGAAGCAUCACCCAACUCCCUCAUGAUCCACAUUCCCAGAACAGAGUCAAAACCAUGGCGUCGCCGCAGAUUCAGGUAAAAUUUUGAUAGAAAUCAAGUUUUUUGCCAUUUUUUGGCAAUUUUUUACAUAAAAAAGGCAAUUUUUGGUUUAAAAAUUGUUUUUUUUUCAUAUUGAAGAUAGCAUUUUCACGAUAAAAAUAAAAUUUCUAAGUAGUCUAUACACCUUUUGGGCAAAAUCCUAGUAAUUUUUAUGACCGUUACGACAAAAAUUUACUUAUUUUUCAUCAAUUUUCUCACUUUUUUGACAAUUUUUUGAUAAAAUUAUAUAAUUUUUGCCAAAUUUUUGUUCGAAAAUCUCCGAUUUCUUAAUGGAAAUUCCUUUAAGGCCAUGAAAAUUAAAUUUGGUCUUUUUUUGAUCCUUUUUCGAAGAAAUUUUUUUAUGGUUUUAGGGGUUUCCCACGUUUUAGGUCUUGUUACACUUCGGAAAUUGUUUUUUGGUGUUUUUGUCUAGUUCUGGGAAACUCUAAUCUCUGAUCACUUGUCGAAUCGUUCUAGGAAUUCAAAGGUUUUCUAGAGACAAGUGUUUGUGUGAUUGAAAAACGAUAAUUUAAUCGGAGAAUUCGCAGUUUUUUUUCAUUUUUGAGCGGAUGGAAAUUGUUGUAAGUGAAUAAUGGAAUACCGUAGACGUAUUUUACAUAUAAUUUAGUUGUAUUUUAAUUUUUUUUUUGUUUUUUUUGCCAACAGGAUUUUUCGAUUUUAUUUUUUUUCGCACUGUGCGAUGAGAAAUUGAAAAUUUUUUUCCUAAGGGCAUUUUUUGAGUUAUCAAGCAAAUCGGCCGUAUUUUGCACUUUAUUGGGGCGGAUUUUUAGGUUGAAAAGAAUGUUGUUGUUCUCUUUUUUGAACUUUUCUAAAAAAUAAUUUUUUUUUCUUGUACUGUGCAAUGGGAAGCUUAUAAAUUGCCCGUAGGCAUUUUUUUGGACAAGUGAAAGAGUUGAACGUAUUUUACACUCUCUUAAAUCGUAUUUUACAUUAAAAAAUUUAGUUUGUCGUCACCAUUUUUUUCAAUUUUUCAGAAAAAAAAAAUUUUUUUGUUUUGCACUGUGCAAUAUGAAAUUUAAAAUUUUUUAUAAUGGCAUAGAACACAGCCUGAAAAGUGAAAGAGUUUAACGUAUUUUACACUCUCUUAAAUCGUAUUUUACAUUAAAAAAAUGUAGUUUGUCGCCAUCUUUUUCUCAAUCAUUCUAAAAAAAAAUUUUUUUUGUUUUGCACUGUGCAAUAUGAAAUUAAAAAUUUUUUAUAAUGGCAUAGAAAAAAAAAUUUUGAAAGUCAUGCGUAUUUUACCCUCUGGGCUAAAUUUUGAUUUUCAUGGCAAAAUUUAUAAAAAUUUUUGAUGACUUGAACAUUUUGAACCAAAAUUAAUUUCAGGUUCGCCGUCAACGUCCCAGCACGGCCAUCCGCGCCCCAUCCCCUCAACUCUCGCAUCGUCUCCAGCGUCCAGCCUCCAUUUCCCCUCCCACCAGCUCGAAUGGAGACGAUUCCUCGGUGGUGAUCCGAAUGAAUCCCGAUUCCCAUGGCCGCUUUGGCUUCAAUGUUACGGGUGGCGCGGAUUGCGCGCAUCCCGUGAUCAUUAGUCGAAUUAUCCCCGGCUCACCGGCCGAACGUUGCUAUCCGCGGCUGAAUGAGGGAGAUCAGGUCCUCAAAAUCAAUGAUCAGGACAUUUCCAAGUGGUCCUACUGCAACGUCGUCAAUUAUAUUCGUUCGGUGCGGUCGUUUGGCGAAAUGUCCAUGACGAUCAAGCCGAAUGUCUAUCGAUACGGCGAGCUGGACGACUCGGAGAAUCAGAACAUCAUCCCGGAAACGCCCCAUGUCUCCGAGACGGUCCCCAGAUCCGAUAAAUUGGCCCACUCAUUGAUGCUUUUGAAGGAAUCCCUCGAAACGGGGGUCAUCAAAAAACAGUUCGAAAAAUUGUAUCGAAAAAAGGUCGGAUUGGCCAUGGACGAGAGUCAGACCUCGAAUAAUAUCAGGAAAAAUCGAUAUCAAGAUGUGAGGCCGUAUGAUGAAACCAGAGUUAUUCUGGAAAAAGCGCCCAGUGGAGAUUAUAUCAAUGCUAGUCAUGUCAAUGUAAGUCAAAUUUAUAGUUUUAUAAUACUUUAUACGAUAAAAAAUUUACAAAUUUAAUAAGUUUGAGCAUGAAUUUUGAUAUUUUUUUGAGAUUGGUAUCUAGUGUAAUAUAAUUUUUUUGUCAGAUUCACUACUUUUGUUAAAAAAACAUAUGGAUUUGCCCUGAUUCUACUAUUUUCAAACAAAAAAGUGACUGAGAUCCUAUAAAAUUGAGUUUUUGAAGAUAUUUUACCUAGUGUAAUAUAAUUUUUUUGUCAGAUUCACUACUUUUGUUAAUAAUGCAAAAGAAUUGAUCUUGAUUUUAAAAUUUUUAAUAAAAAAAGUGACUGAGAUGCUACAAAACUGGGUUUUUUGAAGAUCUUUCACCUAGUGUAAUAUAAUUUUUGCUCCAAAAAGGUGAAUUUUAUAUUUGGAAUUAAAGAUCUAGCUUUGAUAUUUCUGAUUUGCCAUAAAAACUCAAAUUUAGACAAUAAAGACUAACUUUUUUUAAAUCUUUUGCCUAGUGUAAUAUAAUUUUUUUGGCAAAAUUUGAUUUUUUGCCUUAUGAGAUUUCUGGUUUUAACCCAAUUUUUCGUAUUUCAGAUGGAGAUCCUCUCAACGGGUAUUGUGAAUCGCUACAUUGCCACCCAAGGCCCCCUCCCCCAUACCUCCGGUGACUUUUGGUAUAUGGUCUGGGAGCAGUGCUCAACCACGAUCGUGAUGCUCACAACUACCGUCGAGAAUGGCCGAAUCAAAUGCCAUCAGUAUUGGCCGCAGAAGAAGGAAACUCUCGAAUUUGGCCAACUGGUGAUUACGAAUUUGGGAGAGCGCAGCGAUCGCUACUGCUUUUACCGGGAAUUGAGCGUGAAAAACAAGUUGACGAGGGAAGAGCGACGCGUCACGCAAAUGCAAUACACGGCAUGGCCCGACCACGGUGUGCCAGAGAAUCAGAAGCACUUUAUUGACUUUGUUGGAGAAGUCAGAAGGGCCAGAAACGGUUCUCUUGAUCCGAUUAUCGUCCAUUGCUCCGCGGUGAGUGAAAAAAGAUGACAAAAGAUUGACUUUUUUGUGCAAAGAAGCCAUUAAAUUGAUGUAAAAUAGCCACACCUUCUCUUUUUUGCCUCAUUCUGCUUUAAUUUCUAGGUUAGCUCUCCAUUUUUGCCAUCAACGAUAUUGAUUUACCUUACUUUAGGUCAUCAACAAAAUUUUUUGUCAUAGAAUUUUAGCUAGUGGUCUUGGAAGGAUCAUAUAAUUUUAAAACAAUCAUAUUUGCUCUGUUUUGUCUUAUUCUACUUUAAUUUCUAGUCUUGCUAUCCAUUUUGGUCAUCAACAAUAUUAAUUUACCUUACUUUGGGGUGCUAGCAAAAUUUUUGGUCAUAGCAUUCUAACCAGUGGUCUAGGAAGCCUCAGAUGAUUUUAAAACGACCAUAAUUUCUUUGGUUCGUCUUAUUCUACUUUAAUUUCUAUGUUAGCUAUCCAUUUUUGCCGUCAACGAUAUUAAUUUACCUUACUUUAGGGUAUCAAAAAAAAAAUUUUUGUCGUAGUAUUCUAACUAGUGGUCUAGGAAGCCUCAGAUGAUUUUAAAACGACCAUAUUUGCUCUUUUUCGUCUUUUUCUACUUUAAUUUCUAGUUUAACUCUCCAUUUUUGUCAUCAACGAUAUUAAUUUACAUUGUUUUAGUGAUCAAAAUUAAUUUCUCCUUUUUUUAGGGUAUUGGCAGAACCGGAGUUCUUAUUUUGAUGGAAACAGCGGCUUGUUUAAUCGAAAGCAAUGAGCCAGUAUACCCUCUGGACAUUGUGAAAGUGAUGCGGGAUCAACGGGCCAUGUUGAUUCAAACAACGGUAAGAUUUUGAGACUUUUUUACUCAAUUCUGGGAUAGUUUUAGUCAUAAAAAAUUUUUUUUUUUAUUUCUCGGAUUUAGCAUUGUAAAAUACGCCCUUUAAUUUUUUUUCGAGUUCAAAAAAAAAAUUUUUUUUUUGAAAUUGAAAAAAUAAAUUUUUACUUUUUUCACAAAUUAAUAUGUAUUUUCAGGAGCAAUACACCUUCGUCUGCGAAUGUAUCCUCCGCUCCUACAGCGACGGGAUGCUGAAACCGCUGGCCGAAUACCAAAAACGCUAA